AUGGACAUCGUAUAUGCACAAGUCGUCGAAUCAAUAUACAGCCGCGCCGUCGUACACGACAAACCUAGAUUUCUUGUCGCAAUCGCAGGGGCUCCAGGCUCUGGAAAGACCACGUUGGCAAAAGCUCUCACCGAGCACCUGAAUGCAAUGCCGGCAAACGUCCGCCGCCAGACAGUAUGUGUUCCGAUGGAUGGCUUCCACCUAUCGCGCGCAGAGCUGGACCAACUUCCCAACUGGGAGGAAGCCUAUGUCCGGCGAGGAGCCCCAUGGACGUUUGAUGUGGCGGGGUUCAUCGCCUUUGUUCAGAAAUUACGCCAGUGGGCAGAGAAGGACACAUCUCCUUGUUACAAUCACACUACGCCACCUCCGUCUCCCUCUGCGAAGAUCUUAUACGCCCCCUCAUUUGAUCACGAGAAGAAGGACCCCGUCACCGACGGCAUCAGCAUCACCCCAGACACGUCAAUUCUCAUCCUGGAGGGUAACUACUUAUUGUUAGACGAGCCGCAGUGGCGGGAUGUGGCUUCGAUGGUCGACUAUCGUAUCUUUGUGGACGCGGAUCUACAGGUAGCUAGGGAGCGGGUUGCAAAGCGACAUGUUCAGGCGGGGAUUGAACCAACUCUUGAGGAUGGCUUUAGAAGGGUGGAUCAGAACGACUUCCUCAAUGCGCAAACUAUUUCUGAAAAGCGUCUUCCUGCCGACCUGGUCAUUAACGGCACACCGGAAGAUCAGAACAAGGACUAG